AUGAUUGAUGAUCUUAAUAAAUGUGAAAUAAUUCUAUCAUUAUAUACAUUACAAAAUCCAUCAUUGUAUAAUUUAGUUGAACAAACAAAGACAACAUAUGUAUUUGAUGAUUUUUUAGAUCGAUAUUUAUCAAAACUUUCUUAUCAUGUAUCAAAUCAACAAUUACAAUCAAAAAUAAAUGAGAGACGAAAUAAAUUAUUAGAACAAUUUAAAUCAAAAUCUAAUAUUAGAAAAAAUUUAAUUACUGAUGCUACUAUAGCUAAUACAUGUUAUUCAUUUUAUUCGGCAUUACAAUCAGUUUUAUUCAAAUUUUAUGAUAAAUAUUUAUUAAUAUUAUUUUAUUAUCUUGAAAAACAAUCUUUUAUUGAUAGUUAUUUUUAUUUAAAAGAUAAUGUAUCUUGUCAUUAUGAAUUAUACUACAAUAUAUGGCAUGAAUGUUUAGAAAAACAAAUAAAUCAGAUAAUUCAUUCAUGGAAAUUAGAUACAGAUGAUUUUAUUGAAAUACCAUUUACAUUUGAUUUACAUUUUCCUUGUUCAACUGAUGAAUAUGAAAUUAUUCAUCGAAUACGUGAUACUUGUCAAGAUGAAAAGAUAGUUUGGGAACAAUUAGAACAGACAAGUAUUUAUCAGGGACGUCUUCAUGAAAUUAUAGAUAAUACAUAUCUCUUUGAACAGUAUUAUCAUGAUCAGUUACGACUGUUAUUAGAUGAAAAUCAACUCAGUUUGUCAAUGACACUUGUUAGUCAAUUACUUAAUAAAAAUCCUAUGAUACAUCCAAAACUGAAAAUUAAAAAUUUUAUUCUCAAUCAGAGUGAAUUACUUGAAAUAUUACGAAUAUUUGAACUUGGAUUUUUAUUAUUUGAUCAAUUGCCGACUAAUUUAAUUAAAACAAGUUUAAUCAUUGUUAAUGAUCGGUCAACGCUAGAUACAUUAGAAUCAAAAUCGACAACUUAUACGUUAAUUUUAUAUGAAAAUGCAUUCUAUCACAUUCCACCAGAAAUUCCCGUUCAUCUUGAUAAAGUGUCUCUAUUUGAACCGAUUAAAGAUAGUGAUCCAGUUAUUGAAAAUUGUUUUGUCAAUCUCGUUGAAAUAUUAACAGAUAUAAAUUCGAUUUUAAAUGUAACAAAUAUUCAAUUUUUGUCAAAUAUCUAUUCCCUUAUUGUACAAAAAAUAUUACAUCUCAUUCAACUUGGACACGAUUCAAUUAAUAAUCUCAAAAAAAUACGAACAAUAAGUAGUUUACUCAGAUGUAUUACAACGCUUUCAGAUGAUUCUUCAGCAACUUUUAAAAAUAUGCUAAUUCAUGUCAAUAACAACUUUUAUUCUGUAAUGCAAACAUGUGAGGAUAUUCAUCGAUUCGUCGAAUUUCUACGACUGUCUUUUCAAAAUACACUAGGAGACAAACCGAAUGGUGAAACAUCGUUGUUAAAAUUUGAAACAGAGCUCCUGCACUACUGGUUAAUUGAUCAUAGUGAAACAUUUUAUGAUUUAUUAGAUUUAAUAUCUGACACAAAAAAUUAUUUAUGGCAAUAUACAGCAAAAAUUCUAUCAUUUAUUGAUCGAAGAAUAAAUUUAACGAAUAUAAUAAAAGAAAAUAACGGAUAA